CAUGGCUAGUUUCUGUUGAACUGGUGUCCUACCUGCACACACAAUACCCGCAAUCGGUGACAAGUGUCUUAGGCGUUAGCACCGGCUUUAUAUUGCGUUAAAAAAAAUCAGACCAUGGGGGACCCCAACUCUCGGAAGAAGCAGGCUCUGAACCGGCUGCGCUCCCAGCUUAGGAAGAAGAAAGAGUCUCUGGCUGACCAGUUUGACUUUAAGAUGUACGUCGCCUUUGUGUUCAAAGACAAGAAAAAGAAGUCAGCUCUGUUCGAAGUGGCUGAUGUUAUACCAGUUAUGACUAACAAUUAUGAAGAAAAUAUAUUGAAAGGUGUGCGGGAUUCCAGCUACUCCUUGGAAAGUUCCCUUGAGCUUCUGCAGAAGGAUGUUGUACAACUUCAUGCACCUCGCUAUCAGUCCAUGCGGAGGGAUGUAAUUGGGUGUACUCAAGAGAUGGACUUUAUUCUUUGGCCUCGGAAUGAUAUAGAGAAGAUUGUGUGUCUUCUGUUUUCAAGAUGGAAGGGAUCCGAUGAGCCCUUUAGGCCUGUUUUGGCCAAGUUUGAAUUUCAUCAUGGUGAUUAUGAAAAACAUCUUCUGCACGUACUAAGCCGGAAGGACAAGACUGGAAUUGUUGUGAACAAUCCUAACCAGUCGGUGUUUCUCUUCAUCGAUAGACAGCACUUGCAGACUCCUAAAAGCAAAGCCACGAUCUUCAAGUUAUGCAGCAUCUGCCUCUACCUGCCACAGGAACAGCUCACCCAUUGGGCGGUUGGCACUGUUGAGGAUCACCUCCACCCUUACAUGCCAGAGUAAGGGUGUGACCAGUCAAACUGGGAAGAUCAGAUCUUAGCGGCAAUCUUUUUUAUUUUCUUUUUAUCUCCAGAUUCCAGAAGAAUAUGGACUCGUGCUCAGAAAACGUGUAUGUUGUGAACCUUCAUGCUGGAUAUUUCUUUCUUCAUCAAUUUGUAUCUGGACUUUUUGUUUUUUUUUUAAUUUUUUGAUUUUUGUUGCGCAUGGACCUUGUGAAAAAGAGGAUGUUCUGAAACAUCUUUGCUUUAGCCUCAUAAAAUGUGAAUCGAUGGGACUCUGGCACACUGAAUCAAAUGUAUCAGAAAGCACAAGGUAUUAUUUGUUUUGGUGGUCUUCCCAUUUGCACUGGUCAUAUCCCCUAACAAAGUUUAGAGCGUUAGACUACAGUAUUGAGGGUGAACCAUGAAUGUAACGGGUAUAGAAGCUACACUGCUUUACUCACUAUGAAAGCACUGUCUGAAUGGCUUCAGUGAAGCAAGGAUUUGAUGCAGUUAGAUGAAGGCAGAUUCUGGAAAGGUUACAUGUAGAUAAAUCCUGAUUAUUCAGCAUUUGCUUUCAUAUCCUAGUUCCUUUAACAGGGAUGAGACCGAGUGUACAGGCACUUAAAAAUCUGAUCUCUUCUUGCAGUUGCUGCAUACCUAUCGGCAUUUCCCACGGCGGGUGCAUUAUAAGGAUAUAGCCUAGCAGUCUGCAGUAGCUAUAUUACAUAGACAAGUACGUGAGCACUGUGGAAACCAUAUGUUUCUGGAUAGAGGAAUGGAGACAUGGGCCUGCUGGUGAUUUGCGCGGUUAUUACUUUCCUAGAAUAAAGUAAUACGUUUAGAACCAGAAACCUAUAGCGGGUUCUGAAAACCUCGUUCUCUAACAGCAGUUGCAAACUGUGUAAAAGGAAAGCAGAAGUGUGCGAAGUUGGAUCAGAGGAGAAUUUUAUUUUGUGCAAUGAAAA